AUAUAAUAAAGAAUAUAUAUCUACUUACAAUAAAUAUAAAGACUUCAGUUUAUGUAAGUUUUCGAAACGGUGAAAUGCAAAGUAAAAAUUGAAGAAAGUAAAAUAAAUUUAAUAUUGUUAAUUUUCAUUCGUGUGAAAAAGGAAAAUCACUAUGUUUGGAAAAUUGACCAUAUUUGGAUAUUUGUUAAUCCUUGUACAACUUUCGUAUCAGGUACCUUUAGAAUCAAACUCAUCUGAUUAUUACACCGCAGCCGUAGUAGAAUAUUCGAGCAUCUAUAUCAAGAAUGAUGCCAAAUCAACUUUGAUGAAAAACGCAGAACUAUUCGCUAAUUAUAUAGAACAAGCGAGCAAACAGAAUGCUGACAUCAUCGUUUUUCCGGAAUAUGCGCUGACAUCGAUCUUCAUACCUCCUAAUGCAAAUCCAUUUAUUUGGUCAACAAUAAUUCCUUCCUCUCUUGAAGGAUAUAUACCUUGUAUAGAAUCUAGAAUCACCGGCAUUCAGGAAGCAGUAAAGAGAAUUUCAUGUGCUGCAAGAGAUAAUCGUAUAUAUGUAGUGAUAAAUCUUAUCGAAAAGCAAUUCAAUAAAAAAAAUGGCACAUGGCAUUAUUACAACACCAAUAUCGUGUUCGAUCGAACUGGAAAAAUUAUUGCCAGGUAUCGCAAAAUAAAUCUUUAUUUGGAAGGAAAUUUGGAAAGUCCGGUGCCAUCGGAUUUCGUUACUUUCGAUACUGAUUUUGGAGUAAAAUUCGGUGUCAUUAUAUGUUUUGAUAUGUUAUUCAAGGAACCUGCAUUAAAUUUAACAAGAAUAGAAGGUGUUUCAAAUAUCGUAUAUUCCACUGCCUGGUUAUCAUCAGUGCCAUUUUUAAUUGCUGCUCAAUAUCAAUACGGAUGGGCCUAUGCCGAAAACGUGAAUCUACUAGCUGCUGGAUAUAAUAAACCAGAAUUCUCGUUCCUAGGAAGCGGUAUUUACUCAGGUCGUAAUGGAAUAUUGAAUACAACCAUGUCUAGCAAUCCCAAAAAUCGGCUCCUAAUUUCUCGACUUCCAAAAACGCCAAGAAAAACCAAACCAAUAUCAAAAUGGUUGAAGAUAGAAAACAAAAUGGAAAGAAAAACUAUACAUGAGGAAACGUUUGACCUUCAUGACAAACCAGUAACAAAAAAUAUUGAUUCGAUAUUGAUAUCGCAUGAUAAUAUUACAUGGUUCAAUUCUGUUCUGCUCAACGAUUCGAUGACCAGAAAUAUUUGUUAUGGUGAUUUUUGUUGCGACUUUGUGAUUCGAACAAAGAUUGUCGAUCCAUCAACUUACUAUCGUGCAGUGGUUUACAGUGGUAUACGACAAUUCGACGUCGUGGUAGAUGCUAAUGUUCGUCAUUGCGCCAUAAUCCAAUGUUCUAAUGAGUCAUUAGCAUCCUGCUAUUCCAUUAAUACGUCAGAAACUACAUUUUCCACUUUGAGUGUGACAGCAAAAUUCGAUGAUUAUCAAGAUAUUCAAGUAUUGCCCAGCUCACUUAAUUCUUCUCUUCUUCCCUUUGAACAAUGGUCAUUCGAUGAACAAACAUUUGGAAAGCAAACGAAAGUAAUUAUUACUUUGAACAAGCCAACAAGGAAUAUUCUUACUUUUGGUCUAUAUGCUAGAAUUUUUUCUAAAGAUAUAAAACACUAAAUUGAAUUGUAACUGUAAUAUGAAAUCAAUGCAAUUUUUUAAUAAAAAUCAUAUAUAAUUUUAUGAUCUUGCCAUGAUGAAAAAUAUAUUUUCACAAAGCAAUAAGAUAAAAAAGUUUUUGUUCCUUUAUAAAAGAUUAUAAUAAAAAUAUCUAAAUGAAAUAAAAAUUAUAUUUGCAUAUACAA